UAUUAAUUUGCGAUUUGUGACACACUUCUCGCAAGCUCAGCACCAUGUUUACGAGCGUUGCAAGCGUUUAUCAUCAAGCCUGGGAAGAGUUGAGAAAGUCUCGACCACCAACCGUUGCUGGCUCCCUCUCCGACCUUCCUGGUCCUCUCCCACUCCCAACUGCUGAAGUUAAUUCCCAGCCUGUAACCCAGACCCCCACCCCAAACCCUGCCCUUCGCUCUCUGUAUGGCUCCUCCAUGAACCUGGAUGAAGACAUCCCCGAGAUAGACUUGGGAGAUCCCACUGGGCCCUUUGCAGUACAGCAUGUCAGCUCUGAGACUUUUGUCAUUAUUGACAUGAAUGACAUUGGAGAAACAAGCCUACCACAGUCACUUGAGACAACAUGCUGCCCCAGUGUAUUCAGCUUCAUCAAGAGACUGUUCACUCUGUACUAA